UUAAGCUUCCGACAAGCAACAAACAAAGCAUCAUACAAUUUGUCCAAAGUAAAAAAGAUAUAAAUAACAAAUUAACAAAUUUAAUUACAUUAAAAUAAUGGAGAACCUGUGUCGAAUAUGUGGCACUCACUCCCUUACCUUGGUGGGUAUUUUUGACCAGCGCCAAAGACGCCAAUUCAAAGGCGAAGUGGAACCCAAUCUCGCCGACAUGGUAACAAAGUGCGCCGAAGUUCACAUAGAUCCUGGAGAUCAACUGCCACAGAAAAUCUGCAGGAACUGCAUCCAGGACGCUCAAAUAGCUUAUAGAUUUAAGCGCAGAUGCGAACAAAGCUAUCAGAAAUUCUACUUGGCGAUUGCCAAUCAGCCGGAAAUCAAGAAGGAGUUGGAAGUCCCCGGAGAUAAUUUUACCAACCAGGAGCAGUACGACAAGGCUGUGGAAUUGAAGAUGCGGGUGGAAAUAAGCCCCGAAAGGAAAUGUGCCAAAGUAGAACUGCCGAAACAGGUUGCUAGGCAAACAAGACUGACAAAGAAGACCCAAGAGCCAAGAACUGAGUCCAUCAAGGGUAUUCAGCACCAAGAGAACCUGUUGGAAUAUAAUAAAGUUCACAAAAAUACCAGCGUUUGCCAAACCUGCGGAGAGCCCUUUCUGUUGAAGACCGACUUGGAUAAGCAUUCGUGUUUCAACUCCAGCGACCCCUCUGUUGAGUGUCUUGUUUGCCUAAAGGUCUUCUCAACUGCCCGUGGUCUGGACAUACACAAAUGUCAGCCGAUGAAGAAGCGACCUUUUGAGUGUCCGCAUUGCCCGCAAACCUUCACCCACAAUCACUAUCUUAAAGUCCACCUGUUGAUUCACCCGGCAGACGAAUCCGGCCAGCUAGCGAUCGGUCCCCACAAAUGCACCAUGUGCCGUGCUGGAUUUGAUAACAAGGCGUCGCUCAAUGUUCACAUCAAUGCCCACCUGGAUGAGCGACCGCAUAGGUGUCCAAUUUGCACCUCAAACUUUCGCUCGAAGCAGGCCCUCAAAGUGCACAUCCGGACGCACACGGGCGAGAAGCCCUACCAAUGCCCACACUGCCCCAAGACCUUCUCCGACAAUAAUAACCUGGCCAAGCACCGGCGCCGUCACUCAGACGAGCGGCCCUACAAGUGCCUGGUCUGCCUUCAGGACUUUCGGGAGAAACACCACCUGAAGCGUCAUGUCCUGGGCAAGCAUCGCGAACAGCCAUCGCAGUGAUCGAAUUUAAUGCUAAGGAAUUCUUA